AUGUCAAAUGCUAAAUGCAUACGUUGCAAUGUUUACCUUCGAAAAGUUCCAGGAUAUAAAAAAACUAUUUCAACUAACGAAGAAGCUGAAAGGAUGUCUAAAAUAAUAGGAGUGAAUGUCAAAGUCAAUGAUAAGCUAUGCCGUAAAUGUCGGUCUUUUGCAAGUGUUUAUUUGUCUUUGAAAAACAAAGCUCAACAUUCGUCUUGUUCGAAAGUAGAAAUAAAUAGUGAAUUAACUCGUAAAUUAUCUAUUUCACCAAAUAUUUCUGAAAUUCAACCAUCUACAAGCUCAGAAUGCGAUACUUUACCAGAAUCAUCGACAAUGCCAUCGCAGUUGUCCGAUAUCGUUCAACCAACUUCAUCCAAUGCACAAAAUGCUGAUGAACUGGAAAUGCCAUCACAAUUAAUUUCUCAAUUAUCUUCUUCAUUAUCAUUAACGACUACUACAUCUUCACUAUCAUCGACUAAUGAUCCAACUUAUGAAGUCACUGAAAAAUCUGAGAACGAAAUUCAGUACGUAGAUAUGAUGUUUCCAAGAGUAAUAAACACUCAUAAAUACUGUUGUGUUUGUGGGUCGAAAAAUGAGAUGAUGGUAAUACCUUUUGAAGCUCGCAUCCAAGUUUUUGUAAAGCGAAAAAUAUUUAUUUCAAGAUAUAAUCGAUGCUGUAAGCAUCAUCUCAUAAAGAAACGAUUUUAUGAGGAAGAUAUUUUUUCUUUACGCAUUUGUUCAAACACAAGUACAUUUGAAGUCUCCGAUUUAGAAAAUUUGAUGAAACAGUUAUCUGUCAGUAGUAAUUCCGUACUUCUGGAUAAAAUUGGUGACUAUUCUUUUCCAGAAGAACGUUUAAAAGUCUUAACAGGUUUAACUUGGGAAAAUCUAACAAAGUUACGUACUAUGAUGACAUCCAUGCGUAAUUCUGAGACACGAGAUGUAAUUCAAGCUAUCGUUGUAUUUCUAUUUAAAUUACGAACUAGCAAUUCAAAUGCUGUAAUAUCGUCAGUUCUCGGAUUACAGCGAGAACAAUUAGUAUCUGACUAUGUACAAUCGGUAAUGAAAUCAUUCGAACAAGAUAUUUUGCCUAAAUAUUUUGGGAUAAAUGCAUCAUCACGCCAAAAUAUUUUAAAUCAUUCUUCAGAAAUAGCUACAAAACUAUUUGAACUAAAUGACCAACUAAUGAUAAUUUGCGAUGGUACUUACAUUCGUCACCAGAAAAGUACAAACAACGAAUACCAACGAAAAUCAUACUCCGGUCAGAAAAAAGUUCCUUUGUUUAAACCAUUUACUGUUUGUACAACAAAUGGAUAUGUAAUCGAUAUGUUGGGACCAUUUACUGCGAACAAAAAUGAUGCAGAAAUUUUGAAAUCUAUUCUGGAAGAUCCAAACGGCUUAAUCAAACUUCUUGAGAAAGGAUACAUUUUUGUGCUUGACCAUGGUUUUCGUGACGUUGUUACACAUUUAGAAAAUCUUGGAUUCAAAGUAUUGAUGCCAGCCCUGAAGGGGAAACGGAAUCAACUCACCACAAGUGAGUCAAAUGAUUCUCGAUUCGUGACAAAAAUUCGUUGGGUAGUAGAAUCUGUUCAUGGCGUAAUUAAACAAAAGUUUACUUUAUUAGAUCAUAAAGUAGACAAUAAGUUACUGCCGAAAGCACAAUUGUUCUGCCAGAUUGCUUGUUUUUUAAAUAAUGAGUUUGGGAAACGCUUCAAUUCUGAUAAAGAGAUUGCAGAUCAAGUACUGUCUGUUAUGAAUUUAAAAAAAAAUCAGGAUAAUACUCUAGCAAAUGAUGUUGAAAGAGAGCAUUGGGCUCGACGAAAAAUAACUUUCGAAACGAUCAAGUCAGACGAUUUACACGAUUUUCCGGAGAUGACUGAAAAAAAUUUGCAUAUAUUGUUUACUGGGUCUUAUCAGCUUUCACAAGCAGUGUCAUACUUGGCUGAAAUAAUGGAUAAAGACAAUAAUUUAAGCCUUCAGUACGUAAAAACCGCUGAAAAUAUUCUCAAAUUUCAAGUCAAGUCUCGACAUAUCAAUGCAAAAGUAUAUCGUCGUUUCAUUGAGUAUCAUCCUAACAAAAAUGGAAUCAAUGGGAUUUCUCGAUAUUGCUGUGAUUGUGCGAAUGGCAGGCGUACAGUUGGUUGUUGUUCACAUGUAGCAGCAAUAAUUCAUUAUCUAUUACAUGCUAGGUACUUAUCAAAAAUUGUUAAGCCAGCAGAAAUUUUAAGUCGAAUUUUCAAUAAUACAGGGCACUAUGUAGUGAUUAAUGAAGACAGUGAUGAAGAUUUAUUUUAUUUUGUUUUUUAA